AUGUCGUACAAUCAGGCCGCGCAACAGCAAGCUGCGCCCGCAUCCCUUCCCGCCCUCCCCGCUCCGCCGCUUCCCCCGCGCCCGCAAUGGGGGGACCGAACUACCGCUGACGUGCUACUCCGCGUAUGGGCUUCCCGCGAUGCGCCUGCUCCUCUCGCCACUUUCCCCCUCCACCUCUCUCUCCUCGUCGAUAAGAGCAAGUACCUCGCAUGCCUCCUCCCGGACGCCGCCGCCGCUGCCGCCGGCGGCUCCGGCAGCGCCGUGGCAACGCCGCAGGAUCCGCACGUGCUCGACGAAGAGCUAGGCGACGCAGGCGACGUCGCAGUGUACGCCGCCGUGCUUCGCAUGUUCUACGUGCCGCUGCCCGAAGCGGUCGUCGUCGCUCUCGGCCCGCUUCUCGGAACCACGUCAUCAUCAUCAUCCCCGAUAACGCCCUCCUCCCUACCGUCACAAGCCGAUGCAGGAGCGACGGCAUCGGCCGCCGGUCCAUCAGGCCCUCUCAUGGGCGUGCAGAAAGUUCUCGAAGCGCUCGUCCUCGCGGUGCGGCUCCAAUUCGACGCGGCGGUUAUCGCGUGCCUGCAAUUCCUAGAAUCCGUUCCCUGGUCUCCCGCCGAGUCGCGCGUCAUCCACCAACACCUUCGAGAGCUGCAACUUGCCGGCUCCAUCCCCUUCUCCGCCGUCACCGCCUCCGCCGCCGCCGGCGGCGCCGGCGCGGGUUCCGCCUCAGCGACCGCGCUCUCCUCGGAGCGUGUCUUUGCGCGCCUGCCCCAAGUAAACGAUCCGCUCACGACCCUGCGGUCGCUUCUGGCGGUCGCUGUGAUCCAUACCGAAGCGAAUCCUCUAUCGCGUAUGCAGGAGGAGGCGCGGAACGCCGUGUGCCUGCUGCUGAGCGCGGAGCGCCCUGGCGCGGGGGACGCGGGGGGGAAGGGUGAAGCGGGGAGCGAGUGGGAGCAGCAGCAGCAGCGGCUGCGCGCGGCGGCGGAGGAAAGCGGCGGGCAGGCGGGGGAGGACGGGGAGCUUCCGGUGAUCGGGUUCGAGGCGAAGCGCGGCGCGCUCCUAGACGCGUUCGUAGGCCUUGUUAAUACGCUGCUGAGGGAGGCGCAGAGCCGUGGCGCCGCGACGGGCGCCGGCGCGAUCAUCCGCACGUACUGGGACGUCGGCGGGAAGCCCGCGCCGGCGACGCUGGCGGCGACGACGUCGCCCGUUACGGAUAUUAAUCUCCUGGCGCGAUUGAGGGGUAAGGAGGGGACUAUGGCGUGGUUAGUAGGCGUGAUGCUAGAGUAUGGACUAGCGGACGAGGUAUUUCACUGGCUCUCCACUGAUAAGCGGCUCCACGACGAUAUUAAGUCUACUAUGGGACUGCAAACUACCUCGCGGCACCGCCACCUGCUAGUUAAGACCGCAGUGCACGGCGUACUUAAAGCCUUCGCGUCGCGCCGCCUCGUCGCGCCGACUGACUUAAGAGUGCUCUUUGCGUCGAUCUGGCUGAGGCUGCUGUUACACUACUGCCUGCGUUACCCUCCUGCCGCCUCCUCGCGACCCGGCGGCGACGCUGCCGCCGCGUCCGGCGCCGGCGGAAGCGCCGCGAUCUCCGCGCAGGCCGCCGCGACGGCGCAGCUUCUCUCGACGCUGAGCGUCGGAGCAGGCGGGAAACCCGUGGCCGGGGCUGGCUCGGUAGCGGGAGCGGCGGGCGCGGUGGGGUUGGCAGCGGGUAUCGCGGCGCAAGACAGCUUCGUUUUCUGCCACUGCGAGUGCUCGCCGGUUCAGGCGGAGGAAAUGGUACGCGGAAAGGAGAGGAGGGAGAGGAAGGAGAGGGAAGAGAAGAAGGAGAAGGAGAGGAAGGAGAGGGAAGAGAAGAAGAAGGAGAGGAAGGAGAGGGAAGAGAAGAAGGAGAAGGAGAGGAAGGGGGGGAAGGAGAGGGAAGAGAGGAAGGAGGGGAAGGAGGGGAAGGAGAUGAAGGAGGGGAAGGAGAGGAAGGAGAGGAAGAGGGGUUUUCCUGCCAUAUGUGGGAGGCGAGUAGGAGCCAAGGAAGGGCGAGGAGGAGCCCAGCAGGAAGCAGGGAGAGGCAAGGAGAGGGAAGGAGAGGGAAGGAAAGGCAAGGAGAGGGAAGGAGAGGGAAGGAGAGGGAAGGAGAGGGAAGGAGAGGGAAGGAAAGGCAAGGAAGGUGCAGCUGCCCAGCUCUCCCUGUGCUCAUCUCCCUUUGUGCCCCCACCUCUGUGCUGUGCUGUGCUGUACCUUAUACACCCACCGGGUCCGUAA